AUGGGGGACAUUCCGUUCGCCAACUCGCAGGAAGAGCGAACGCUGCGCGAGCUUCUGAUUCCCUCGCAGCCCAGCCAAUUGGGCGAAGCAACCUCGCUGCUGGAACCGUCGAUCAUGCCGCCGCCUUCGUCUUCGCUUUCGUCGCGCCUUCGAAUCCCCAAUCGAACCAAAAUCCACACGCAUCGCAAGUCCUCCGAGUUUCUCGCUCUGCGACUCGAUUUGAUCCAUAGAAGCGGAGAAAUGUCGCUCGCAUUGAUCAAGAAACUCGUGAUGGCGAACUGCAGUCGGAGGGUCGGGAAAGAAGUCUUCGAAGAAGUCAAUCAAAUCACCAGCGAGUUCUUCGAUUCCAUUUCGGAUCGCCUCGUUGAUUAUUGCAGUCUGGGAGAGCGAAGGACGGUGAACGUGGACGAUGUGAAGCUGCUGAUGCACAGACAGCGCCUCACGUCCAAGCAGAAAUCGUUCGAAGAUUUGGUGCGGGAGAAUUUGAACAAACAGCAGAUCGAUGCGUUGAUCAGCGUGCCGGAACAUGAAAUGGAAGUGCAGGAAGUCGGAGAUUAUCUGUAA